GGCAUAUUUCAAGGGACCAUUUUUUUGUAGAUAGUAAGUAUUAUCGUUUUGCAGAAGCUAGCCAAUUCCUAAAUCAGUUAACAUCAAAAUGAGUCUCUCAAAGAGACAUUCACUCUUCUGGACCGAAUCCGAAGAUAAAGAAUCUGAACCAACCUCCACACUUGUUGUUUCCUCACCUAAUGGACUUUAUGUAGAUAUCAGACCAUUCACUCAAGAAUCAGAAGAGUCUACGGAGGAAAAUGGUGGGUUUGACUGGUUUUUUGCAGGUUUUGAAAUUCCAUUUGCUGAUAGCUCCAAGGUGGAAUUUAAUCAUGAAUUCUUCGACUCAGCAUAUAUCAACCACUAUUAUAAGACUGGAUUUUCUGGAAAAGGGUUCACUAUUGGAACAGACCUCGGCGACUUUUCAGACUCGAAAAAUCCUGAUGAAGUUAAGAGGGGCAUCAGAGUAGAAACGGGUGUUCUUUGCAACCCGAAGACGGGAAAUGUCGAGCCGUACGUGGAGAAAUGGGUCACCUGUAACUCAGAACAUACACCAGAGCUCAAAUUUAUUGGUGACUAUAAAUCGAAGUUGAGAUGCAUAGUGCUAGAUACAAAAGACGGUGGAAUUACUGAUAAUGAACUCAAAACGGAUGCGGUCAUCGGCCGCUUCAUUGUGUUGGAUAAGUGGGUACAAGGUGUGAUCUGGGAUAAAAGCGUCACAAACAAGACAGACUCUUUAGGUGUUGUACGCUUUUGCGACGAGACACAUCCCCUUAUCACUUACGGUGGUCAAAUAGACAAAUUUCCCAAACUUUUAGACCUCAAGCGAGGUUUGAAAGUUGAUGAUUCUGUAAUUGUGGAGGGAGUCAAAUGGAUUGUCAAGGAGGUCAAUAGCUGGUGAAAAUGAUUAGGACUCAGCAAGAAUUAUGGAGUCUAUAUGUCCUGUACGCAAGUU